UUUUCUGUUUGCUUCUAGAUCUUUCAAAGAACAGAUUUACUGAAAUUCCUCCUGAUGUCUGGCUGUUUGCACCACUGGAAACUUUAAAUUUGUAUCACAACUGCAUCAAAUCCAUUCCAGAAUCUAUUAAAAAUCUGCAAAUGCUCACCUACCUUAACAUUAGUCGAAAUCUUUUGUCAACAUUGCCAAAAUACCUGUUUGAUCUUCCACUGAAAGUUCUGGUUGUCAGUAAUAACAAGCUGGUCUCCAUUCCAGAAGAAAUUGGGAAGUUGAGAGAUCUAAUGGAGUUGGAUAUUAGCUGUAAUGAACUUCAAGUUCUUCCUCAGCAAAUAGGAAAAUUGCAGUCACUUAGAGAAUUGAACAUAAGAAGAAAUAAUCUCCAUAUGUUGCCAGAUGAAUUAGGAGACCUUCCCUUGGUAAAGCUGGAUUUUUCUUGUAAUAAAAUUACAGAAAUUCCCAUUUGUUACAGAAAGUUACGUCACUUACAAGUUAUAGUUUUGGAUAACAAUCCAAUGCAGAUACCACCAGCACAGAUAUGUUUAAAGGGCAAAGUACAUAUAUUUAAAUUCCUCAGUAUUCAGGCGUGCCUCAGAAUAGACAAAAAACCAGAUUCUUUGGAUCUUCCAUCGUUAGGUAAACGAAUCCCCUCCCAGCCACUCACAGACAGCAUGGAGGACUUUUAUCCCAAUAAAAACCAUGGACCAGACUCUGGCAUUGGAAGUGAUAAUGGGGAUAAAAGGUUGUCCACUACAGAACCAUCUGAUGAUGAUACAAUCAGCCUUCACUCCCAGAUAUCAGAAUCAACAAGGGAACAGACAUUAAGGAAUGACAAUCACGUAGUGGGAAGUAAACUCGAUCCACAGAAAGACCAGGAGGCGUUUGACUACAUUGAUCCAAACACAGAGGAGGGAGCUCUCCCUGACCAGGGAGAUGCACAGAUUGGGCCCCUGCUCUCCUAUGUCAAGGAGCAGGGAAAACAUCCUGAGAAAUCCCAGAAAAUAGAACAAAAUGAGGACUGGGGAGAUGAAAAAAGACUUCAGAAAGAACAGCUGCUGGCUGAAGAUGAUGAUGAGCUCAAAGAAGUGACUGACUUAAGAAAAAUAGCAGCUCAAUUGUUGCAGCAAGAACAAAAACACAGACGAAGGCCACUAAACUAUAGAACUUCAUUCAGUGAAAAGCUCUUCCAGAGGACCAGGGCGGCAGGACGUGCAUCAAGGCUUCUUAAUCAUUCCGUUUCAGUAAACACAAGGAGCAGGCCAAAGCAACCAAUGGAAUCUGAAAAAUGUGUCUCAACAAAUGAAGUGAAUUCCCCAGUGUCCCCAUACAGCUGGCAGCCACUGGAAAACCAGAAGGAUUCAGUGGAUGAGCAGCAUUGGCCAGAAACACAGCCAAUAAUCUGGCAGAAUGAAGAAAGAAGGAGAAGUAAACAAAUUAGAAAAGAGUAUUUCAAGUAUAAGUCUUCCAGGAAGAGUUCAAGUGGAAAUGAAAAUGAUGAGCAAGACAGUGAUAAUACUAAUGUGUCCCCACAGUCUCCUGUGUCGUCUGAGGAUUAUGAAAGGACAGAUAGUAACACUCAUGGUCCAUUUGGUCUCAAACCAAGGUCAGCUUUCAGCCGUGCCUCACGCCAGGACUAUGGUGCAGUGGAUCCUGGGUUUACUAUGAGGAGGAAAAUGGAACAUUUAAGGGAAGAAAGGGAGCAAAUCAGACAGCUUCGCAGUAAUCUUGAAUCCAGGUUGAAGGUAAUUUUGCCAGAUGACAUUGGAGCAGCGUUGAUGGAUGGGGUGGUUCUUUGCCAUUUAGCCAAUCAUAUAAGGCCACGUUCUGUUGCCAGCAUUCACGUCCCAUCGCCAGCAGUGCCUAAACUCAGCAUGGCAAAGUGCCGAAGAAAUGUUGAAAACUUUCUUGAUGCUUGUAAAAAAUUGGGCGUUCCACAGGAGAGACUUUGCUUGCCUCAUCACAUUCUGGAGGAAAGGGGUCUGGUGAAGGUUGGCCUCACAGUUCAAGCUCUGCUUGAGUUGCCUGCGUUGAAAGUAUCUCAGCUUUCUUCUAUGUGACACAACUUCUUGGCAGCUAGACAGCUUCCCAUUUGCUCUGUUGAUAUGGAUUGCUCUGAGGCACUUCAGCCUCCCACAUGGGAACACCGAAGCCAUCAAAAACUAAAAUCUGUCCAGAUGCUGUAGAGAGCCUUACUUUGGAGCUGUGUGUGAAAGCCUUGGAGUCAGUUCACAGUUAAAAGAACUUAACUAUUCUUUCUUUUUUCUCUUGUAAUUGGAUGUACAAAGAGAACGUGGUAGCAUCAGGUUCUCUUUCUAGUUAAGUUAAAAGCUGCCAUUUAACAUCUCAGUGUUAGAGUUAAAUGCUGGAUUUCUUUUUUUACAUUGAAAAUGUUUGAAUUACUUUGGAAAGUACAAAGCACACUCCCCGUCACUUUAAUUUUUCGAGUCAAUAAUUUGAUUUAAAGAUAAGACAAAAAUGUAGCGAUGGUAUGAUGGUAAAAAUGUGAGCAACUGAUCACUUGUAAUCCCCUUUCACUCUCUGAAAGCUUAAUAUUUGCGUUUUUUUGUUUUUUGCACUCAUGAUUGUAACUUACGCACUUCUAACAUUGCCAGUAUUGAGUCUGAGUGUCUGGUGAUUACACAGAACAGGAUACAGUGAGAAAAGGACACAGUUUAUUGAGUUUUUCCAGUCUUCUAGGUUGGUGCCAAAUAUUUUUUUUCAGUUUUACUGUAGAUUGUUUACCUGUGAAGUGCCUGUGUAAUUGAUAAUUCUUAAUAGUCUUAAGCAUUUUUGAAAUUUAUUUGUUUAAAAUAGAUAAAAUGGAAAUUUUUUAAUAUUUUAAUAGUUUUUUUGUAAAAUCAGUAUGUGAAGAUUUAAGUAACACUUCACAUUUUUGAUGUUGGGUGUUUUAAGUUUGUUGCACAAUUUAAUUGGUUAUUUGUUGUCUAAUAAUUAGAAAAUACUGUAAAUACUUUUUAUUUAUGAUAUUUAAUUUGAUAAUACCUAAUUACUUUUGGUUUAAUGUAUUGUUGGACAAAAACAAAGUUGUCGUCUUUGUUUGGGACAAACAAAUACACAUGAUGAAUAAGACAUGAGGACUAGUGAUUCGUACAGAGUAAUUUAGGACAUUUUGAUAAAACUGCCAAAAUCUCAGGUUUACGCUGUGAUGUUCAGGAUUUUGUGUAAUUGCUCCUGAUCUCACAUUACAUUUUUACAACAGGUAGAUCCAUAAUUUAGCUGGAAGUAUCAGUGUUUAUUUUUUAGUGUUUGCAGGGUUUAUUGUGUAAUUUACAUGAGUGUGGCAUUAGCACACGGGUCAGUUUGUACAAAUGUCACUGUGCUGAGACAUUAGAUCAAUUGAUAAAUGUGAAAACAAAACAUUUCCACUGUGGUGGUUUUUUGAAACUCCCGAGUUCAUUUAUUUUGUUUGCUUCUGCACAAAUUCUUGGUGUUUCGAGAACAUUUUGAAACCAUACACAGUUGAGUUCUUCUCUAAACAAGUUGCAAAUAAUUUCAUACUUUCGGUAGUAAAUCUGUUUGUAUUAGUUAGUUCCUCAUGAAUAGGUAGCUCAAUUAAAAAAAUGUUUUGACUGCCACAGACUUUCUAUUUCAGGCUAAGUUAUUUUCAGUUGAGGGAUGUGUUUGCCAAGCAUGUGACAAGAUUUGAUUCUGUUCUUUCCAAUUGAUCAAGACCCCAUGUAAGAUAAUUCAUAAAAUAAUAAGGGAGGAGUACUGUCUAUUCCUUCUACUGUAGUCCUUAUAGGCAAUAGCUGACAGGAAAAAUAACUUUUUUCUGAUGAUAAGUUUAAAAUUACCACUUAUUUUUAAAUCCAUUGAAAUGAGAUCGUGUACAUGAAAUAGUUUACUAUUCACUAUUGUUCAUAUGGUGUUGUCUUAAAACACACCUUAUGGAGAGGCUGGUGUAUAAAUUAAUUUGCAAAGUCCUAGCUAUAAAUCUUAGGUUAGAUAAAUACGUGUUUAAGGAAACUGGAUUGCUUUGACAUUUGAAAUAUUGUAUUUCAAAUCUAUCUCUAAUUGGUUUUUGUAUCUCUUCUUAAUGGUUAUUUUAACAACUUCCAUCUCUAUUUUCAUUAAAGGCACUAUCUGAAAAGUCAUGCAAAAACUAAUGAAAAAGCUAUAAUUCACUAAGCAAAAUGCUUGCCUGCUGCAUAUUAUUAUAUUGGAUUUUUAAAUCCAGCCACUCAAAAAGAAUUAGUCCUUGUCUUUCAUUUCACUGUUGUUGUUACUACCAGAGCAAAGUUCUAGUUCAGUCUUAGCCAUGGAAGUGCUGACUAUAAAUUGUCACUUUCAGUUAGUGAAAACUGAUCUCCACUGCUAUUUCAUUGUCAUAUUUAAAAACAUUUUCUGAUCUUAAGGUAACAUUUUUCCUACUUGAACUAAUUUUAUUAAGUUACAUCACAGUGUAAACAUUAAGAAUUCCCUUUGAUGUAGCAUGGCAGCUGCUGACUACUUAGGGGUUUUUCAGACUCCUUAGUAAGUUGAAAACUGGAUAUGAAACUUAUGUACUCAUUUUAAAUUCAAAACUACUAAAACAACUUUUUUGGGUUUUUUAGUACUCUGCAGUUCUUCCCCACAGACUUGCCAGCAACAGUCUUGCUUUGCCAUUCCUUGGAAAUUAUUAUGGCUCCCUUCUUGCUUAUGGGAAGGAUAAUCAUGAUUCUUCCAAGGCUUCUCUUUUAGCAUGGCAAAGAUUAAAACCUUCAAGUACCCUUAGGAGCAGUCUGAGAAAAGAUUCACUGUGCUUGGAUGAAUCUUUUUGUCAUCUCUGACUGGUUUUACAAAUAACAAUCCAAAGCUGUGCUAACAUUGGCUUUGGUACCCAUUGUGAUUUCUUUAAGAGCAAUUUCAAAAAUUAUGCUAAAAAGAUUUGAAUUUCAAGUUUUCAUAUCCAGGUAGCCUGUGGAAAUAGUUGUGUCUUCUCUGUACAAGAAUUUGCAUACUCUAUUCUUUUCUCUCUUUCUCUUUGUUUCCCAGCAUCUUAUUUAUUUUUGUUCAUUCUCAGAUCUGGUGAUCGCUGUUAUUGGUUACCUUGGGUCACUUUCCGCCUUCCUCUUUAAUUUUUCCAAGAAAUUGUUCUGUGGCACUGGUGAACUAUUGUGAUUCCAGAAUCCCUGCUCCAAACAUUUCCAGGGUUUGAGAUGCCCAUUUUCCAUUUUGUUUAGAAUGUGAUGCCAUUACUUAGUACUUGAUACAGCUGAUAGGAUAGUUAAAAACAGAGGCCUGGUCAGUUCCUGUUGCACUUACUCCAUUUUCACUUACAACAUGAAGGGAGAUGCAUUAAGUUUUCCUAAUAAACUUUGCAAUAAUGUGGCAUAAACUGUAGAUUAGAGUGAAUCAGCAUAGUGGCAGGGCUUCUGGCCUUGUGUAUUUUUUCUGUGUUUUAUGUCACUGGAUGCAGUAUGUCACACAUGACUGAUCUUUCACGUGAGCAAUAAUGUUCCAGCUAUGGUGAGGUCUUAAAGCAGUGACAGGAAAAUAAUUGUUGUGAACUGUAGUGUCUUCCCAGAGAGUUCUCAGAAAUGCUUUACAUCUGUUCUCCAGCAUUGCUAAUCCAGUGUGCUCACUGGGACACUGCCAGGGAUGCAGAAACCACCCAGACCGCUGCAGCUGGAGGCCUUUCAAAAUCUAACCAAGAACUAUGAGCAUAAAAUAGGGAGAAAUUAAUUUGAAACAAUAAACAACUGACAUCGAUUAUAAGAUUCAUUUUUUAUUUUUUUUUAAUCCUAGCCUUUACUGAAGUCAAGGCAAGUUUUAGCUUUGACUUCAGUAGAUUCUUGCCUUUUUGAUUUGUGGGACACCUGAGCUGGAGACCAUAGCAAAUGUGACUUGUUUGACACUAGCAAACGUAAGUGUCAGAUUCUUGACUAAAAUAGUGACCUCUGCUAAGUCAAAUGAAGUUGUAAAAUGUUACGUGGAUUCAUUUAAUAAAAAUCUUCUGAUAAGCAAACAGUAUUUAAAUGGUAGGAAAAAUUACACUGAAGUGAGGUGGGAAGGUGUGUUAUCUCAAUAAAAUUGUAGGUGAGGACAACCAUUAGGUUUUUACUGCACUAAAAACUAUUUCAAAUAUCAAAUGAUUUAGUGGUAGUCUCCUCAGAUUUUGACAUAAAUCUAGCCAAAUCCAAACAAAAAUGAAGACAUCUGCUUUCACUAAAAUGGAACUUUCAUAUGUCAUGUUGGUACUGAAGAGAAGGAUGAAGGUCUGGCACUUCUUCCUUUUGCUGAUUCCUUAAAUGUUUAUUUGAAAGGCUGAUUCCACCGAUUUCAAAUGAAAGCAACCUUGUGGGAGUUUUUUCUGCAGACAGGAGAUGUGGUUUGGUAUUGGCAAGUCAAAUGUCACUUUUCUCUCACCAAGUCAGGCUAAUGUCUGUGUUUCUGUUAGAGGAUCUCUACUCAAAAAGCAAAAACAAAUAAACACACCCCAACACACACAAAUUUGGAAUUAAAAACCUGUCAUUAAGACCAGCAGUGGGAAAGGCGAUGUAGCCUUGCCCAAGCAGAGAGUGCUCUGAGUUGAUUUCCCAUUGAAUCGCUUCACCAGGAAAAGCAUUCAGUCUUAGUAAAGAAAGGCAUGUUCUGUAGCUGAGGGAUGAGGAUUCUUGAGUGCAUGGAGCUUCCAGUAGAGUUUAGAACAAGGAGGAAUUUUCCAUCUGUGUUUCCAGAGCCCGUUUGGUUUGGGCAGCUGUGUCCCAGUGCUGCAGGAAGCAUGGCCUUGCAGGGAGCACUGCCUGUGCCCAGCCCUGGGCAGGACAACUGCUGGCAGAAACACCUCCUUGCUCUUAAAGAGAUGCUGCAACCUGAGCAGAACCACCAAAGGAUAAUUUGAGAGUGUUCAAUAAUAGAUACUCGCCAAUACUUAACUUCCAACAGCAGUGGGUGGUGUAGUGAGGCAGAGGAAGCUUUUGCUCUGGGAACUACUGACCUUUUCUGACUGAAAAUUGCACUGUGGCUCUGAACUGAUUAAUGUGGCCCUCGAGCACUUCCAUGGGGGAAUGCAAAGAGUGUUGCUGGGUUUGUUCCAUAUGCAACACACUGGGUCAUGUGUAAUUCAUUUACAGACAGAGGGAAAGGUGAACUGUCUAUUCUUAAUGAGCAGUGUUAUGGUACAGGUUUGUUUUGUAAAAUAUGAAGAUAAUUUUUUUUUUCCUGUGAAAAAAAAUCUGCUGAUCUUCACUGCUUAAAUAGAGAAUAUAUGUGAUUAAUUGGAUUCAGUUUAUACUUCCCAGGAGUUCUGCACAGGAGAAGUUCUGUGUUUGUUACAUAAUAAUAUGCCCUUUAUUUGUCUUUAAAUAUUUCACAUGGUACAAUUUUGGCAAUAUAUUAUCUUAAAAUUGUACUUACAUGAAGAGUUUGUUCCCUCAUUGGGUUUGAUCAUUAUUUUUUCAGCAUGAGAGGCAAAGGGCAGCAAAAUUGCUGCAAGCUACUUGGUCAGUUUCUAGGGAAGGAAUACCAGUUAUCAUAAAAUGACAUCUAAUAAAUCAUUUUUAGUUCAAACUAUAUAUAGCAAAUUGCAUUUUCCAAAAAGAAUAUUCAGAAUAUUUUUUACAUUUUAGAAUCCUAAACUUAAGCAAAAACCAAACAUUUUUUCCAUGGCUACUCUAGUAUCUUAGGAAAUUCUAAAGGAAAAGAAUAGCUCAGACUGACAGCAAAUUUAAUUGUUUUGGAAAAGUUUUGAUAUUGGCAGUGUUGAAUUUUUAGUUGAAUUUGAUCCAUUUAAAAUCUUUUGCAACCUAAAUAAGUCUAUGAUUGUAAGGUUUCAGUGAGACCGGAUUUUCCCUCCAGAGUUUUGUAACUCAGUUGCUACAUAAAGUCAGUCAUUUAAAGUAAAUUCUUGGCACUAAGGAGGGUUUCCUCACUUCAUUCAAAGUUACAGGAAAUAAGGCAAACAUAACUUUUUCCAUCAUAGUUUUAUGAAGUCAGAUUGUUAAACAGAGAAUAUUUGGAAAUGCCACAAGGAUACUUUUUUGUUUUGUUUCAUUUUAUAAUGAGUGAACCAGUGAAAUAUUUCCAAAAUUACUGCAUUUGCGUAGGGUUUGGUUGUGCCAUCCCAGGCACGGGAGCUUGCAGUGAGUGUUGAGUAUUGAUACACAUUCUGAAGCUGUGCAGGACUGUGCUCUUCUCGUGGAGCUGUUGAUGCAGCUGUGUUUGCUGAAGGGAUGUGGUACCUGAAGCAUUCCUGCAGCCGUGGGAGUUCCUGCCUGCGGCUGCUCUUGGCACCAGCAGCAAGGCAAGGCUGAGAUUCCCAAGAGGAGCACACAGGUGUAGUGAAAAAGGGUGGGUUGGUGGAAUACACUGGGAGUCAUGUGAAUACUUUUUACUGUUAUGGAAUGUCUAGAACAAUGAAAAUGUGCUUUAUGAUUAUCAUUCAGUUGGUAUUCAGUUAUUUUAUUUUUUAACUUGUGGUUAUAAAACUCAGAAGAUGCCAUGUAACCAAAUGGUCAACAUGUAAAUGUGUGCAGAAUGUGGCAAAAGUAGUUCUGAGGGCACAGCAGGAGAAUGAUCAUUAAAAAUAGAUGCUCAAAUUGUGUAUAUACUUGCAAAAUUUUUGAUAGUGCAUUUCAAUUGAUUUUGCAUUUCAUAUUCUUGUAAAGCGCAUCUUUCAUACUUUUGAAGAUUGUCUGCUUGUACUAUACUGUAUUAAGCCUUUUUUCAGGAUUUCCAUUAUUGCUGGAGCUUCCAACAUACAUGUUUAUUUCGAAAAAUGUUCCUACUGUUGUUGUUUUUUUUUUUUUUUUUGUAAAUAGUGUUUUGUAUUAAAUUUGCAUGGAUAAAACCUACAUUUCCAAAACCAUUGUACAUACACAAUGUAUAAAAUACAAACUGUUUCAUAAUUUUCAUGUA